UAGCAACCAUUCAACAACGUUACGUAACAUCCGGGGAAAACAAGAAAAAAAUCAUGGCUAAAGCAGCUUCAAAAGAAAAGGAUCCUGUAAAUUUUGUGCAUCAAAAUGCUAUUUUAUGUGAAACAAUCACAAAAGAACAACGGCAUCAGAAAAUGUACACAAAUUAUAGUGUUAAUCCGUUUAAGAAAAUUCAUGUGAUCACAGGAAAACCAAACUCCAGACAUGACACAGAAGAGGGAGAAGAAGAUAGUCAUUUCAAAAAUGUGAUCAAAAGAGCUAACCAAGAGCCAGUAAAGAAGUAUGUUUACCCCCAAACAGAAUCCCAGGAAAUAGGAUGGAUUACCAAGCCUCUGAUUGACUCGGAUAGGUCAGAUCGCAGGCUUAACUUCUACAGACAGAAUACUCCCAUCACUAAAUAUAUGGAUGCUGCCUGGAGAGUUAAGGAACAAACAGAAAACAUGAACUAGGGAAUUGUGUUUUAAUCAAUAACUUUAAAUUCAUCUAUUUUAAUCACUGUAACUGUGUGUUUGAAGUGCAUGGCAAUUUUUAUCCAUCCAAAUGCAUGACAUUCUGCAAACUGUCAUUGUCACACAGGUGCUGACUUGGAACCAUGUCUAAGUACAGAUGUUAUUUGUUAUAUCUAAUGCAGGUUUUUGGAAUGUAAAAAUGUGCAAGACCUGUUUUAUGUACCUAUGUCAUCAUUUUUAAAAAUAAAAGAAGAAUAUGUAC